CAAAAAAACAAAACUGCCUCCUGCCCAACAUGAAUAAUCAUCGGAAUUCAACGACGAGUGCCAUUGGUUUUUGCCUCCUCCCAUCCGAACUCAUACAAAACAUCUUGCUCUAUCUAGUUUUACCCGAAAUCAUUCGAUUAAAAUUAGUCAGCAAAUCCUUUUCUCACAUUAUCUCUGACCAGGAUUUCAUUCGAGCAUGCAAUAUAAGAUCAAGGUCUAGCACAUGGCUCUUUGUGUACAAGAAGAGAUGGCCUCGUGAUUUGACACUUCAUGGCUUUACUGAUCAAUCUCAGCGUUGGUUCCAAAUUCCAAUUGCCAAUUCAUUGAGACCCAUAAUUUCUCCCGGUGAAGAUCUCUAUUUUUUGACAGCAUCUGGUAAUUUUUUCCUUUUUGUCUCUAAUACUAAGAAGGUAGUUAUUUUCGUUAAUUUGGUCACUCAGACCGUUAAAAAGAUCCCUCCAAGUCCAUUGGGUCCACGAGGCACAUCAUCUUGGAGAAGAUCCGGAAUGAAAUUAGUGGCUGGGCCACCCGGGUUGGAUCAUUUCCGGUUUUUGUUUGUGGAGCUAGUGGAAAACCGGCCCAUUUUGUUUGUGUAUGACUCAGAAAGUCAGAAGUGGGAGUCUAUGGAAGCUAAAGAAAAUGUUGCAAAUUUGGCAUGUCUUAGUGAAAGAGAGAGUGAGAAUAUUUAUCUUAGUGUGAUUAAUGGAAGAAGUGAAAGUGUUUUAAUUGUAGUGAAGUCUCAUGGUGAUGUUACCACACCAUUGAUUCUAAGGCCACGAUUUGGCGGUGCAGGUAACGAUGGUGGACAAUUGACCGGCCGAUUUAGUUGGGGGAAUGUUAUUGAUCGGUUACACGUGUACGGUGAUGGUCACAUGAUGAUUGUGACGUCCGAUGGCGUAGGUAAAAUGAUGUUGACUGGCAUAGAACUUUGGGGUUUAAGCUUAAAUGGUAGGCAUUGGCAAUACAUUUCAAAAGUUCCUAGUAAAUUAAUGGAGCAGAUUAAGAAGCCCCAUGGGGUUAUGGUGGGUUGUUUAGAGAAAAGGGAUGGGAUAGUUAGGGCUGCUUUGAUGUCAAAUUUUGAAGGUUUAUGGCUAACAUAUGAUAUACAGACAAGGCAUUGGAUAUGGGUCACACUGCCUGAUUGCAAGAUGAAGGGUUCAAACAUGGCUGGAUUUGCCUUCUCCCCUGGCAUUACCUUGUCAUGAUCCACAGUUCCACACCACUAAACACUAUUGUACACAUAGAGCAAAUGUGGUGCCCCU